UCACAUAUUACAGUAAAGUAGCUUAGCUUAGCUUGAGCAUAUAUAACAAAAGCUAGCUAGCUAGCUGCGUGGGAGAUGAACAUGUCGAGGGACCCGCUGGUCGUCGGCAACAUCGUCGGCGACGUGGUGGACCACUUCGGCGCGACGGCGCUGCUGAGGCUGUUCUACAACAACCGCGAGAUGACGAGCGGGUCGGAGCUGCGGCCGUCGCAGGUCGCCGGAGAGCCGGGCGUCCACAUCUCCGGCGACCGCGACGGGAGGGCGCUCUACACUCUCGUAAUGGUGGAUCCAGAUGCACCUAGCCCGAGCAACCCUUCUAAAAGGGAGUACCUCCAUUGGUUGGUGACAGACAUACCAGAAGGAGGCGACACGAGUAAUGGAACGGAGGUGGUGGCGUACGAGAGCCCACAGCCGACGGCGGGGAUCCACCGGCUGGUGUUCGUGGUGUUCCGGCAGGCGACACGGCAGUCCAUCUACGCGCCCGGGUGGCGCUCCAACUUCAACACCAGGGACUUCGCCGCCUGCUACAGCCUCGGUGCGCCCGUCGCCGCCGCCUACUUCAACUGCCAGAGGGAGGGCGGCUGCGGCGGCCGGAGGUACAGGUGAUCGACCCUGCCUCCUCCGCCGCCGCCGUCACCAUGGCUGCCACCUCUACCUACCGCCUGCCCGCCCGGCAAUGUAUGCUCUAUUGAUCACCAUUGUUAGCCUCCUAGCUAACUCAAGGCAAUUAAUUGGUUAAGGACAAAAAUUUACUAUAUAUUCUUAUUUGAGAAAGUAUAUAUCUCUAGCUAGGUAUCAAAAUUUACGAUAAAAAUUUUGAUAUCUCGGGUACCGAAUUUAACGUACUUAGUACCUAGCUCCCGGUGCUUUUUUAGAGAUGUUGAAAUUGCUCUUCUCAAAGAUGUUAUAAAUGAUGCUAGGUGUGUUAGCCCCAAUGUGAAGGGCUUGCUUUGUUAGCAUUACAUAGCUAGUUACCGAGCUUGAUGACUUGACCUAGCUAAUAAUAAGUGGUGUAGAGAUAUUGGGACUAAUGGAAAUUGAUUGA